AUGAAUAUCGAAGCGUUGGACGGAAUGGACGUCGAGCCCGCAAUUGCGCCUAAAUUGGCUACUGAAACCUCGAACGAGAAACACCCUUCCAAGUCGCCAGCACAACUUCGAAUUCAGGCGCAAGGUGCCCUGCUUGGAUUGGCUCCUCAUAAUAUCCGCUACAAUGAACUCAUCGGAGAAGGAAUCAACCCACAUAUUCUCAAACAGCUUUACGAAGACGUUGGGAUCAAAAUCUCUUCUCCGCAACCGGACGCGGCUCCGACGAUGGGAUCAAUUAUGCCGGAAAAUACCGGUCGAGAGGCCCAAGAAGCAGCAUCUGAGAAAGUUUCUGCGCAAACCCUUCCGCAUGUGCAGAACGGCACACCGCCCGUUCCAGCGCCAUUGAAGGACACAGUCAAGCCCAUGGAAAGAAAAGAAGUAAUUGCGCGUAUGCUUGCCGCAAAGGCCGCCAAAGCGUCUGGGGCUCCUGAGUCCCCGCAAGCCGACGAGCCAAAGGAAACCCCCACGCAAGGACGCGAACCACAUACAGAUACGGCAUCGCUAGAAGCGCCGAAAGAAAAAGAGGUACGGGCGAAAGAGAAGAACAAGGCACAGACGGAGCUCGCUAGGCAGCGCAUUGAGCAGCUCAAAAAACAGGGCCUCAUGAGAAACCAACAAAAGUCCCAGUCGGAUUCAAAAUCGCUAGAUCACGGACGUUCGAAUGGUGGAAGUCAGAAUUCGGAUACAGUCGAUGAGACCGCUGCAAUUCAGCACUCUCUCCCUGAGCGACCUCCAGACCCUGAGUCUGAUAGCUCUGCUCGUAUUCCUGGACUGUUCAUGACUGAUUCAAAAGAAGAUCAGUCGCCAGAUGCGUAUGUGACUCCUGUUCAAGGUCUUGUGAUCGAUUCCACACCACAGCUUCGCGCAAAUCAGCGUAAACGCCCCCGUGCAUCUGACUUUGAUGAACCUAUCUACAUCGCCAAUGGAGCGCACCAACCCGCUCCAGAAGAAAGGCUCAUCAUCGAUAUCAGCGACGAUGAGUUUUAUGAUGACAACGAGGAUGACGAGGACAGCAUGGAUAUUGAGACUUCCACUGGUUACGUUUCUCGAGAUAAUGGCUCAACAGCCCCGGAAACGUCACUGCGAGCAUUAGAAUCUCUCCCAUCACGGCCAUUAUCCAGCCAAGCGUUUUCCACCCCUCAGCCGAAUUCAAGGGGCAGCGACCAGGACCAUCUACGAAGAAAAAACCUGGAGAUACAGGCGAUGCAUCGACGUAUUGCCGAGCUUGAGCAACGAAAGAAGGCAAAACUUACCGUUAGCCGUACCCAAUCUCCUCGUUCAGUAGAGCUACCGUUACCAACGCCUCCCGAGCCCUCUGCUGCACUCGACACUGAGAAUUGCAAUAUUGAUUCUGCAAACCUGGAGGCGGAGCUUGCCGGCCCUCCUGCCACCCAGAACGGACAUUCUUCCAGGCAAGGUUCUCCACCUGCCGCGGAUAUCGCAUACUUCGAAACCAUGAAAUCCAGAAUUUUACGGAAAAAGGAGAUCGAGUCCGGCGUCCCCGCGCUGGAUGCUGAAAUCCAAAAGUCUGAAAAUAGACUAGCGGAUUUGAAGACUGAAGAAGGAAAAGUGUUGCUCGAGAUUUCGAGGGGUAAAGAAGGGCGGCAGCAGCUCCAGGAAGAGUUGAAAAACAUCAACCUGGAAUUGAAUGGUCUCACGAUGGACGAGGUCGAUGCAGCCUUGCUCAGAUUGAAGACCGAUAAAGAGAACAAAACCACAGUUGAAGUUUUGCCAACCGCGUCCGAGGCAAAUGGCCCGCCAGCUAUCGAAACCGCCACUAUUGGGGAUUCCAACUACGAAAAGAACAGCGUUGAUCAAUUAUCUGACAAGUCUGACAAUCAUGACCACCCUGACCAAACUCUGUCGACUCGGUCAGCAUCCAAUGAAGUUACCGUGCCAAACGUACCGGUCCAAUCGCAAAACAAAGUUGAUUCCAACCACGAAUCAUCUGCUAUGUCUUCAUCUGAGUCAGAAGGGUCCGCUAUGGAUGAGUCGACGGAUAGUGACAGCGAAGAUUCCAUGUCUAUCGACGAAGAUGAACCCGAGGGCCCAGAACCUAUCUCAGAACCUAUUGCAAAUGCUGCUAGUGAGCCCCAUGACCAAGAGGCAAAUCUACCGAGCGCCAACACUCAGCAUUCGCCGGCCGAAGGCUCACCAGUCGCAAACACAGACGGUCGAAGCAGCGUGGCUUCUGAAUCGGACGAAGAAAUGAAGGAAGAUGAUUCCAGCGAUUCUUCGAGUUCGGAUGGAUACGAACCGCCAGAGCCCGAAACGACCGCAAGCCCUGCUAACUCUGUCUAUUCGCCCCCUUUCAGCCCACCUCCUCCCGGCCCGAUAGAACCUAGUGAGGCUUCUAUGCCCACAGUGGAUCAGACGAACCAAGCUGGUGAGCCGCUAACUGCAAAAGUGCAGGAAGCGGAUGUUGAGCCGCCCAGGGAAAAUAUUCAAGUUGGGCUACUGGAUAAUAUGCGAGGGGCCGAGGUUCCACAACGUAAAUUUUCACCGUAUGACAGUCCGUUGAAGCAUUUCAACGCCUAUCGUUAUCACCCCAACUACUGCGGUGAUAUUACACAAGGCUUCCGUUCUUUAACUUACAGCCACAAUAUUGACCCUAUGAAAUAUCUUUGUCCUUUCGAGGCCGCAGGGGGUGUCUGCAACGACCGAUCUUGUGAAUUCCAGCAUUUUCGGGACAUGACUCUUAGCGAUGACAAAAUCUUGGUCCAGAUGGGCUCCCUCCGCGAAGGCAAAACUCCCGAAGAAAAAGACCACUAUAUCGCUGGACUGAAACAAAUCAUCAACGACAUGCGGCGCGAUAAGGUGAAAGACUUCAAUACUGUGGCCACCGAGAUUGCCGCAUACCGUAGACGCUUCCUACAGGACCCUUCACGAAUCUUGCCCUUGUAA